GUCUGGGAGCAGGAGUUUGAGAAUGGAGCUCUCCUUACAGUGGUUUUGGUUGGAGUCCCUGUGUUUGGAGUGAAGGUGUGACUCAGGCUGGGUUCUCCUUAACAUUAGGGACUCAGUGACAUUUGAGGAUGUGGCUGUGAACUUUAGUCUGGAGGAGUGGGCCUUAUUGGAUUCUUUACAAAAGAAACUCUACAAAGAUGUGAUGAGGGAAACCUUCAGGAACCUGGCCUCCAUAGGGGGAAAAUGGGAAGAUCACGAAAUUGAAGAUCAGUACAAAAACCAGGGGAGUAAACACAGAAGUCAAAUGGUAGAGAGGAGCUGCAAAAGGAAGGAGGAUAGUCAAUGUGGAGAAAACUUAACCCUUAUUCCAAAUCUCAAUCUGACAAAAUCUCUUCCUGGAGCAAAACCAUGGGAAUACAGUGCAUGUGGUGAAUUCUUCAUGCAUUAUUCAUCCCAUAAUAGGGACAUUAAAUGUCAAACUAGACACAAGACCUCUGAGAAUCAGAAAAAUGGAGAGAAACCAUAUAAAUGUAGCAGAUGUGGGAGACCCUUCACUUAUAUUCAGUUGUUUAAAAAACAUGAAAGAAAUCACAAUGGAGAGGAAUCUUAUAAAUGUGAGGAAUGUUGGAAAGCCUUCAGGUGGCUCAAAAGCCCUCAAAGACACAUGAUUAAACAUACUGCAGAUCCUCCUUAUAAAUGUAAGGAAAGUUUGAAAACCUUUAGUUCUUCAGUUUUUCUUCAAACAUGUGAGAGAAGCCACAUUGUAGAGAAGCCCUAUCAAUGCAAACUCUGUGGAAAAGCCUUCCGAUAUUAUAAAAGUUUUCAAAGACAUGAAAGGAAUCACCCUGGAGAGAAACCCUAUGAAUGUAAAAAAUGCAAUAAAGCAUUCAGGUAUCCCAGUCAUCUUCAAAUACAUGAAAGAAUUCACACUGAAGAGAAACCCUAUGAAUGUAAGCAAUGUGGAAAGACCUUCAGAUCUUACAGUUCCUUACAGCCACAUGAAAUGACUCACACAGGAGAGAAACCCUAUGAAUGUAAGGAAUGUGGAAAAGCAUUCAGAUAUUACAGUUCCUUACAAAUACAUGAAAGGUCUCACACUGGAGAGAAACCCUAUGACUGUAAAAAAUGUAGCAAAGCAUUCAGUGCUCCCAGUUGUCUUCGCAAACAUGAAAGAAUUCACAGUGCAGAGAAACCCUAUGGAUGUAAAGAAUGUGGAAAAGCCUUUAGAUUUUAUAGUUCCUUACAAACCCAUGAAAGGACGCACACAGGAGAGAAACCCUAUGAAUGUAAGCAAUGUGGAAAGGCCUUGAGAUAUUACAGUUCCUUGCAAAUACAUGAACGGAUACACACAGGAGAGAAACCCUAUGAAUGUAAGGAAUGUGGAAAUGCAUUCAGAUGUAACAGUUUCUUAAAAAUACACAAAAAAUCUCACACUGGAGAGAAACCCUAUGAAUGUGAAAAGUGUAGUAAAGUGUUCAGUACUCCUAGUAAUCUUCGAAUACAUGAAAGAACUCACACUGCAGAGAAACCCUAUAAAUGUAAGGAGUGUGGAAAAGCCUUCAGAUAUUAUCGUUCCUUACAAACACAUGAAAGGAUUCACACAGGAGAGAAACCCUAUGAAUGUAAACAUUGUGGGAAAGCCUUCAUUUGUCGCACUACUAUUCAAAGACACAUGAAAAUGCACAUUGGUAAAACACCGUAUCAAUGUAAAGAAUGUGGGAAAGCAUUUACUUGCCUUAGUUUAUAUCAAAGACAUGAAAGAACUCACACUGGAGAGAAACCCUAUGAAUGUAAACAAUGUGGAAAAGCCUACAGAGAUCACAGUUCCUUACAAAGACAUGAAAGGACUCACACUGGAGAGAAACCCUAUGAAUGUAAGGAAUGUGGGAAAGCCUUUAUUUGUAACAAAAUUUUUCGAAUACACAUGAUGAGAGUGCACACUACAGAAAAACCAUAUAAAUGUGAAGAAUGUGGGAAAGCCUUUAGUCAUCCCUAUUCCUUUCGAAGGCAUGAAAGGACUCACUGGAUAAAACCUGUUGAAUGUAAAUAGUGUGGGAAAGACUUCAGUUGGCCUACAUCCUUACAUGUGAAAACUCCCACUGAAAAGAAAUAAAAAUGCAAAUAACAUGAGAAGGAUUGACACAAAUUAAUCCUAUCUAAUGAAUAUGGAAUAUGCAAAUUGACCAUCACUUCACAACAAAGAUGGUGGUACCCGCAGCCAAUAAGGAGGGAAUAUGCAA